GGCACAGACUUCAAGACAAGUAAAAGGUUAGGGACCACACCCUGUUAAGAAUUUGGGCGGAAGUGGGACCGAGAUAGUCCAACUGGACAAACUGGGAUUCUGGGAAACCCAAUGCUCACUUGGAUAUACCCUGCAUAGAAUGUAGCUGUGCCCAUCCAUCUCUCUCUGCAUCCUCUGCCUACUACAAAAAUCACAGCACUAUGGGAGAAGUCCAGAAGGGUUUGUUUUCAGUUAUUGAGAAGCUGAAGGGCACUACAGAGCAAGAGCUUCGGAUAGUCCUUCUCGGUCUGGAUAAUGCUGGAAAAACAACUUUGCUAAAACAGCUUGCUUCUGAAGAUAUAAACACCAUCACACCUACUCAGGGUUUCAAUAUUAAAAGUGUGACCUGUGAUGGCAUGAAGCUGAACGUGUGGGACAUUGGGGGACAAAGAAAGAUUCGACCCUUCUGGAAAAAAUACCUUGAGAACACAGAUUUAUUGAUCUAUGUGAUUGACAGUGCAGACAAAAAGAGAUUUGAGGAAACAGGACUGGAGCUCUCAGAACUCAUUGAUGAGGAGAACCUGAAGGGUGUACCAUUGCUUAUCUUUGCCAAUAAACAGGAUCUGGCCACAGCCUCCCCAGCCAGUGAGAUCGCUGAAGGCCUCAACCUGCACACAUACCGAGACAGAGAGUGGCAGAUCCAGGCCUGCUCUGCUGUAUCAGGGGAAGGUGUACAGGAUGGCAUGAACUGGAUCAGCAACAACAUUGUAAAUAAGAAGAAAUGAACCUAUCAACUUCCAUGUCUUAUUUUGUACAAAUGGUCUGAUUCUAGUUCUGAAUUAAUAUAAACAUUUUAAACCAAGUAAAAUAUAUUUUUCCUCGAACACACGUUCUGGAAUAAUAUUAAGGAGCUUUCUAAGUGUUUGUAAAUUGGCUGCCAACAAAAACUUAAAAAAAAUUUAAAAUAAAAUUUCGCUCUUUUUUAUCUCUACUCUCUUACAGAGACUUUGUGUUGUUUUCCGACUAGACAAGCGCACUAACAAUCUGUAAAUGAUGCUUUUAUUGUCACUGUUUUGAGAGAUAUGAAAAACUGGGGCAUAAAUAAUGCAAAAAAGCAGCAUUUGCAGCCUAAAAUACAGAUGAAUCAUUCAUGUUACUAUCAAAAGCACUUGGUUUCCUUAGCUGUUCUGUUAGUUGUCACACCAAAGAGUUCUCACAAACAGAACAUUGCAAAAGUUAAAACUCUUUUUACUUUUACUUUGUGUAAGAAGAUAUGUGAAACCCAUGUUUAUCUCUUUGUUUGACUGGAUUUGGUAGUUGUUAUCCUGUGUGUGCAUCAUGCAUGUGUUUUCUGUUAAAUGAAUUUUGACAUUAAAUUUUCUGUAAUUCUUAAAGACUAAUUAGAUCUUAAUUUUUGUAUUCAUACAAGAGCUAGGAUUAGUAUAGUCAAUGUUCAGAAUGGAAUACUUUCUUAGUACUCAAUAAAUACUGUGUUGUAUUCUGCAAACGAUUUUUUAAAGUAUGUGAAACAGUAUUUAGUAGACUAUGUGAUAAUGAGCAUGUCUAACACCAUACUAUUGCAUGAUCUGUAUCUGAACUGUAAACUGUACUCAUUUUGGCAAAUGCAGGUCAUCAAGGUAUAUUCUGCAUUCAGAAAAUGUGCAUACUGUGCACAGUAUGCAUAAGCUACUACUGCAGAAACAGUAGUAUGCAAUGCCAUUAUAAGCAUAAUCUUAGAUUUUAAUUAUUAUUAUUACUAUUAUUUAUUUUUGUUUUGUGCAUAUUUUGGAAGAUCUAAGAAACAAAUAUAAAAGUAUACAUUUGUUAUUUUUCAAUUAAUGUAUGGGUUUCUGUGAUGAACAAUAUUAUCCAAUCUUUUGAGCAUAAAUGGCACUUACAGUGAGGCACUAAUUAUGGAAGUGUAUGGAGCCAGUUCAUAAACAUAAAAAUACAAACUUUUUCAAAAUUAUAGCCACAAGAUAUAAACAUUAUACGUGUUAUACAUAUAACAUGAUUUCAGUGUGAUAAAAUAGCUCAGUGACCUACUCUGUGUAAAGUUAUUUCCAAUAUUACAACUUCCUUUCUCAUCAAGUCCCUCCUCAGCCCCCUGACAUCCUCUCAGAAGAGGCUGAACCUGGGAGGCAGACAGACUUAGGCAUGACUUAGAGCCCAGCUUUCCUCUCGGGUCAACAGUGUACACACUAUGUAUUUUAACCAGUGGAUCAAAUUUGAAUCAGUCUGGAUGCUGAAGCUCCUGUGCUAAUCCAAGCCCAUAAAUUACAUCCCUCACUUGCUAUAAAAAAAAAAAAAACUUAAAAAAAAAAACUAUUUGAGAGCAAUGGCAGAUGUGUGAGACAUCUGCCAAAACAGACAUCAAAGUGAAAACAGAGCCAAAUUUCACUUUCUGCACUGGCGUUUCUCAACCGCUUUGACACAGUGCCCGAAACAGUGGGGGAAUUUGCAAUGUAAUAUGACAGCAGGAGACUAAAUGCUUUCCUCUGGGAGAUCAUGACUCAUUCACGCCUGAUUGGGAGAGAGCUGAACCUUCUAAAUGUUCCAGAACAAACAGCAGGCUUAGGUUACACCCAGAUGCCUGUGUCAAAUUAAAUGAUUUAAUCACAUAAAACCUUGUAUUAGGCUCGUGCUCAGAGAGUCAAGACAUUGGCAGAGAAUGUUAGACAUGCCUUUGAUGAUGUUCAUUAUGAAUGAUCACAAAGUAUUAUAGAGAACUCUUGUCAAUGUAAACUCGCAAAAGUUUCAAAAUGUUCUAACUUUUACAAGAAUUGCAUGUAAUGACUAGUUUAUAGUGUUGUAAUUAGUGUGUAUAACACAUUAGUGUCAAAAUGGAUAGCAGUUCUGCGAUUAUUAUAAAAAUGUAUAUCAAUGUGUGCGUGUGUGUGUGUGCGUACGUGCGUGGAUAUGUUAAUCAGCACGUCUGGAUCUGGGGAAGAAGGUCAUUGUUCCUCAAGACCUAAUGAUGGAGGAGCACAAAAAGCUGUCCAACAAAGGAUCUAGAAUGUUUCAGGAGAGACUUAAAAGUGUGGAGAGGUUCACUUUGGAGAAUGUAGUACACAGGCCCCAUAAUGUAAGACAUAUUACUCUGUUCAGCAUGUUAAAGUCAACAUGAAAUCAGAAUUGACCCUAUUUACUUUCUUAAUGAUCCUGGUCUUCAGAUUCAUCAGUGCAUGUUAUUCCAAAUAAUUGUGUGUGUGUGUGUGUGUGUGUGUUUGUAAUGUUUCACCAAAAUGUAAUACCUUGCUCCUCCUCUGAAACUACUUUCCUUUGAGGUAAAAUGAAAUGAGUAAACUAUAUUUAAUUGAAUGAUGUUGUUUUUUGUUUUUUUUAACCAAAAUUAAAGUUAAAAUAUUUUUUUUUUAUCUAGGAAACAUAAUUUACUCAUUUCUGUUGUUAAGAGUAUCAUUUUGUUUGAUUAAUUUCAAAAGAAGAGAUUAUUGAGUGAAUCCAACUCAAUGCAAAUAGGUAGUUUUAAAUUUAGAAUAUUAAUCUUGUUUUCCUGCUUGGGACCUCUACAAUUUUUUUUUUAAUUAAAAUUUGAUUGUUACUUUUUUAAUUCUAAGCAUUUAAUUAUUUAAAAAUAUUGUAGUGUAGGCCACGCAUGGUAUUGAUUAAUACAAACCAAUAGUUAAAUUGCUAUUUUAUUGUUUUAUGCUUGUAAUGCAGCUUUUCUAAACACUUGUUGAUGCUUAUUAAUAUUAUCAAAUAAUGAUAGAUUUGAAAGAGAAAGAGCAUUAAUAUUGUGAUAUUUUGAAAUGAUCUCGAGGGUAAACUUGACCUUCAUCCUCUAUGUCCUAGUCAAAAUGACUCCUGAAAAGAGCUCCAGCAGUGUUUCAGGAGGGUACUAGUUCUCCAAAAAUUCAUUGCAAACUUGCAUUUAGCUCUGGCUCCAUUUUGCUAUGAAACGGCCAAAAAAUUACAUAAGUAAAAAGAGGUUGCGAAUGCCAUUUCAUGUUGACUGUUGUGGAAAAUUAAUUUUCAUUAUGCUCUGUUUCUUUUUCAUAAUUUCUUAUGUUUUCUAUCAACUGUAAAUUGCUUUCUGUAACUGAACCAAACAUGUUCAAAUGUCACAAGGUUGAACUGAUAGAGACUAUGCUUAAAAAACAAUCUUUCUUUGUGUAACUAUGUCGGCCAAGGUCAGUAAGUUCCAGAGAGCAAAGGGAGGCAGAGAACAGUGUCUUAUCAGAAGGCACAGUCAAAGGGUGAAAAACAUCUUAUUACGGGAUAUACUGAGGAAGACCAGUGUGGAUGAAGAUGUGUAUUUUCUAACAGGAACAUGUCCAUGUAAGGUGACAUAAAAUCUGAGGCUCUAUAAUUUUUUUUGUAUUUAGCCAAUCAAUAGGUUGAUUCUUUGUUAUCUGAAAAAUGAAUAUGUAAGAUUGUGUUGAAAAAGUAUUCUGUAUUUUGGAACUGACCCUUGUAGCUCUCUGAGGUAUGCUUUGGUGAUAGAAGACGUUACCCGAGCUCGUGAAUAAAGAUUUUCUUUGCUUAAGCUUUACCAUUUGAGUGGCCUGAUUCAAUUUAUAGGUCAAUUUCCACCACACUGUAUAGCGGUACACCAUACUGAUCAGCUGAACUAAAAAGAAUUUUUAAUAAAGCAUAUCUACCAGGAUACCAAGUACCUGUUGAUCCAAGUCAAAAGGUUCAUUUAUAAUGGAUGAUGUUUUAACACUGCUCAGCUCUUAGACUAACCUCUUCAAGGCCAGAGCGCCACACAAAAGGAUAAAGGACAAAGAGGGCACCUCACUUCUGAAGUCUACAUCAUAUAGCCUGGAAAGAACAGCCUGGUCACCACACUCAAACACACAGUAGCGAAGAAAGGAAACCCAAGUUUGCUUGCACCAGGCAAAUGUGUGAUAAAGUGUGUUUUACAGAGAGCUUUUAUACUGUAAAGGAAAUCCCAAUAAAGCUAAAUCCAUAAUUAGUUAUGGAUAAUUAAUAGAUUAAAUACAUAAUUCACCCAAAAGUAAAUAUUCUGUCAUAAUUUACUCACUCUCAUUAAGUUCAAAACCAGUAUGAUUUUCCUCCUGCUGAAUACAAAAGGAAAAUUUUAAUUAACAUCAGUCCAUCUUUUCAAUACAAUGGCAAAAGACAGUGAUUCACUUUCAAGUCUCAAAAAGAAAGUAUAAAAGUAGUCCAUGCAACUCAUGCAUCAUAUUCUGAAGACUUCUGAAGGCAUUCAAUACGUUCUGGUGAGGAAUAACUCGAAAUAUAAGUAAUUUUAUUAGUGAAAAUCUUGACAUCUGUUGUGUGUUCAUGAGCACUAUGAGAGAAGCUUGUUUACAGUGGUUUGAGUUGUUGUUUAGCAUUGCUUUUGUCCUCUAAAAGCAUAUGGGAAAGUCACUCAGUUCUCUCUGACCCAGGUUACGGUGGGCCUCUGAGAGAGGUUCCUCCUAAGAAGUUCAAUGUCACUGUGAUCCCAAAGUCUUAUCAAUCACCCUGGGAGAAAGAGCCCAUUGAAACCAGGAUGCUACUGGCUAAUAUCAGCAUCUGCCUGCCUGAGCCAACUUGCAAACUCACCCCUACCAACUAUAAAUUUUUCAACAGGUACCCAUUGACCACCAGUGAUACCAGUUCUUAAUUUUUUUCAGUGUUAAAAUACCUUCUCUUAUCCAAGCUUAAUUUGCAGAGACAAUCCAUUUGUUGGUUAAUUUUCUCGAAAACUGUAAAUACUGUGUCGCUGUGGUGCUAUGACAAUUCCCCUGUUUGUUUUGAGCAACACGUCUUGUUCUACACAACAAAACUGACUCGACCAAUGGCAUGAGUUGGGGGCGGGACUAUAUGUUUGUUCGAUCACGAAGGGGCGUUUUCAGAAAGCCGUUUUGAAAAUGAUGUUUAUUUUAGCCAUUCCAUUCAGUGGCGCUAGUGGCACAGAAAUGAUAUACUUCAGCUUUAACUCACCAUCGUGAAGAAAAAAUAUUAAAUACAUGCACCCACAGAUCUGUGGCCUACCAGUUAGCACACAUCCUCUAGACAUGUUAAGUUCAAGUCUACCUUCAAUUUAGAAACAACAUGAACGACUGCUAACAUAGCUGAUGAAAAAAAAAAAGAUACAAUUUCUGCACCACUAUAGCAUCACCAAACAGAACUGCAAAAAUGUUUUUAAACACAUUUCCUCAACACUCCCCCCAUCUGCUAUUGGUCGGACAAACAUUUAGCCCCACCCCCAAUGUACACAAUUGGUUGAACCAGUGUUGCUAUGUUGGGGGAUGCUCAAAUGUGAGUCACAUUGUUUUUACUUUUCAAGAAAUGGAACUUGUAUACAGCUUACUUAAAGUUGUCUCUUCAAAUUAAGAUGGGAUCUAAUAAAGUAUUUGACAAUCACAAAUUACACACUUAAUCUUUAAACCAAUUAACGCCUCUUUGCAUGUCUGGCACAGGAAUUCUACCUACUAUAAUCUGCCAGUUUUAAGGUUAGGCCUUAACACAGAAUUUGCGGCUUACGUUGUGAAACCUCACUCUUAUCCUGGCUUAUGUAUCAGUAUGUGGGGGAACAAAACAAGACGGACAGUUCCACUUAACAAUUAUGGAAGUUCAGACUGCCAAAAAAAAAAAAAAAAAAAAAAUGAAAUAAAAAUAAAUUAAAAAAAACAAUCAUUAUCAUUUUUUUUUACAGAGCUUCUGUGCCAUUUGGUGGGACAGCAGGAACUGUGAGGACUCUGCCACUACCUGGCUUUGAGUUGCUGCAAGCUCACACCAAACCAAACCUGACUUGCCACCACCCCAAAUUCAACCGUAUGCUGCGGGGCUGGAGCACUCAGUAUACCAGAGAAUCUCUUGAUCUGUAAAGCCUGGAUACUGAUUUUUGGAGACUAUCUGUGAGGGAUAAACUGCCUGUGCUAUUAAUUUAAUGGACUAAUUCACCCAAAAAUGAAAACGCUCAUCAUUUACUCACCCUCAUGCCAUCACAGAUGUGUAUGAGUUUCUUUCAUCUGCUGAACUUAGAUGAAGAUUUUUAGAAUAAUUUCUCAGCUCUUUUGGUCUUACAAUGCAAGAGAAUGGGUGCCAAAAUUUUGAAGCUCCAAAAAUCACAUCAGCAUAAAAGUAAUCCAUAAGACUCCAGUGGUUAAAUCAGUAUCUUCAGAAGCUUUAUGAUAGGUGAAGGUGUGAAACAGAUAACUUUCACAUUCUUCUUGUAUUUUUAGUGAUUCACAUUCUUCAUGCAUACCACCCCCUGCUGGGCAGGUAGAUUUUCAAGAAAAAAAAGGACCUAUAUAUUGAUCUGUUUCUCACCCAUGCC